AUGUGGAGUUCCGGGCGGAGUGGCGCACGGAGGAAUGGAAAUUUAUGCAAACUCAUAACGACCGCCGCUGCGCUGGCAAUGACCGUCCUUGCCAGAGCUGGAACCUUAGCCCAAGAAGUGUUGUGUACGUACAGCGACGAGUUCUUCUAUUCGCUACCGGGAUCACGCUGUGGUGCAUACUACCGAUGCUACCAGAACCAACCGAUCUAUUACAGCUGCACCGAUGGCGCAAUGUUUGACUUUUACCAGCAGAGAUGUAUCCGAACCAAAGGAACUUGCUACGAAGCUAUCUGUGUUGGCAAAACGAACGGAUUGUACGCAGACACGUCCCAGGGUUGUCACCGAUCGUUCCGAUGUCGGGGAGGGAAGAUUACUACCAUCGAAAACUGUCCGCAAGGAUUGAUGUUUAAUGGGAAGGUUUGUGACACCGAGGAGCACGUGAUCUGCGAAAGUCCGGAAGCGACGGCAGCAAGCAUCCGGUACGAAACCGAUCCCCGCUGCUAUGGACUUCCCGAUGGGAAACACGUGCUACCGGGGGAUGGGUUGGAUUGCACCAAGUAUUUGCUCUGUGCGAACGAUCAGGUGCUGGAUGUAUUGGAGUGUCCAUCGGGAUAUCGGUUUGACGAACGAAGCAAACGUUGUAGACUCGCCACCCAAGGGACGAGCUGUCGUACAUCCGAUCAGUUUCAUGACUGGAAGAUGGCCGACGAAAAUGGUUGUAGCUUUCUUCCAGAUGGUCUUCAUCUUGCGGUAACGUCCUACGAUUGUCGGACGUACGUGAAGUGUCAGGGUCGUCGAAUGAUUAGCCGCCAGGACUGUCCAUCGAUGACGGUAUUCGACGGAAAGCAGUGUGUUCCAACGUUUCUCCAUCAUUGUCCGCGGAUGGAUAUACCGGGCGAUAUCUGCCAGCAUCGGAACGACGGAUAUCAUGUGGAUCCUCGUAAGGGCUGUGCGUAUUAUGUCCGCUGUCAAGCACAACGCACCGUAGAACAGCAUUCCUGUCCGAAUGGAUUUCAUUACGAUGCGCUGGAGAAUACGUGCCGUGAGGCAGUGCUGGACACAACUUGCCAUCAGAUCCCCUUCUCAACGGAUUGUGUACAGCGGGCGUCUGGGUUUUACCAGGACUUUACCGCCAUGGACGAUGUAUCGUUAAGUCCUUGCCGUACAUACUUCCACUGCCAUAAUGGCGCUAAGACGAGCUUUCAUUGCGAUGAAGGUCACGUGUUUGAUGGAGAAAACUGUGUCCCGCAGGAUAGCUACCAAUGCCCGGUGGAGGACGUAAACUCCUGCCAGGGAAAACCUAACGGGUAUUACAAGGAUACACGCACCGGUUGCCGUUCGUACCAUCUCUGCACAAACGGCAACAAAAUAUCGUACCUGUGCGAACCGGGCCAAAUCUUUAUCGAUGGUAAAUGCAUCCAACGGGUACAACGCACGCACGAGUCGCUCUGUGCCACGGACACGCCUUGUGCGGAACGACCAGACGGGUACUACCAGGACCGGGAUACCCAGUGUCGCCAGUAUUACUUCUGUCAGCGCGGUGAAAAGCUCCAGACACUUACCUGCCGGGGAAGCAAACUCUUCGAUGGGCGUACGUGCGUCCAGCCGGAUAGCUACACCUGCCCGACCGGGGCCGACGAUGUUGAUGCGGCUGCCAGCGAGAACUGUAUCGUGCGCCACUGUGAACCGGCCUGCACGAAGGGUGGCUUCUUUGCCGAUUAUGAUAGCGGGUGCGAACGGUACCAUUUCUGCAUCGACGGCAAACAGAGCACACUGUCCUGCUCCGGGAAUUAUGUGUUCAACGGAGAGCUGUGUGUGCCGAAAGCGUCCUAUUACUGUCCGCGUUACUGUACGCCACCUGAGUCGUGCUAG